AUGCAGCAUCACAUCACAAACAUCGACCAACCACGAAGUACCUCUUUCGCCCGGCAAGCUGGCACCGCUCUUCGGAUGGAGAGGAGCGAUAGUGACACUGAUUUAAACCCGAGAUGAAUGGACUACAUUAAUUAUAAGCGUUUUAUCAGGAAUGCUUUAACAAAUAAAACAUACUUACCAACAUAUGGUGCUUUUGGUGCAGGGGCAGUACUUGCGUUAAUCUACAUGACUAAUUGGGAAACCGUUGGACGCCGUAUACCCAUCUGGAAAUAUCACUUCGAACCGAUAGCUGUCGAAAACAGCAAUUCCAAGAAUACUGCUUCGUGA